GCCGAAAUGACAUCAGACGGCAGCGGGCUCAGCGCGAAGGAUGUUCAAGACUUGAUCAACCACAUCGUGCUGCCACCGAAGCUACCACAAUGCGAAGACACGACUUCCAUCGGCAUUAGAAGAAAUCUUCUGGAUCUUUUGCAGAAUGUCGUCAAAACAUUCGAACACCGCACUUGUGCUGCUUGGGUUUCGGUUUCCAAGAUGCUGUUAACACUGGGUGAGACCGCGCACGGAAACACUCUGCAGAACGAUUCGCUCAGCACCCACUGCCUCGCUCUGGACCUUCCACUACACAACUCGGCUCUGUUGUUUUUACGCCAAAAUUCAGAGACCAUUGUUAUCGAGGCUUUCGAGGUCUCGGCCACCAAUGAGAGCAUCUUGAGCGCGCAAGGCCGGCUCACGAGAACGUUUCCUGGCCGCGCGGUAGCCUGCUCACGCGAAAAGUUCUUCGAUGUAUCUUUCCAAGCCGAACUUUGCAUUGCGCUUCGCCGGCUCAUCAGCGAAGGACCACCAAAGUCCUAUCAACCUCAGACUAUUCGAUUGGAAAAUACUCUUCACGAAACCAGAGAUACAAUGCAUCCCGGCUUCGUCAGCGACUACCUGAUGACGAUCCUGAGUGUAGUCGGCAAGAAUCACUCAUCAAUUACAAGCCAGAAGCACACUCGCGAUGACAUCCUCUGGAAGAACACUGAACUCUGCUGGCGAAGAGAGCCUUUCUGGCUCUUGUGCAAGGUUGCAAUCUUGCGCACCCUGCUGAUCACUUCGCCACCACCAGAAGCUCGAGAGCAAUACAAGUCUUUCAUGCUCGAUGCUGUUGCCUGCCUUNUGCAACGUUCCUGUGAGAUAUCCGUUGAUCCUCAGCUCCGAUCUGUUGUUCAUGCCAAGCUUGCUCGACGUGUCUUGAAGUAUGAGCAGGAUUUUGGGAAGAAGCCCAGUGACAACAUCUCAGCUAUCUCGAGUAAGGCCCGAGCAGCCCUGGAACAUGUCUGGACUCAACACAGUGAAAGAUUUGAAAGUGUUGCAGAUAUCAGUGUGAAAGAAUGGGAACAUGCCACUUCCCUGGCUCUCCCUAAGGUUCGAGAAGAAUUGGCGCGGAUGUCUGCUCCUCAUUCGAGUGCUACCUGCUCAACAUUCAAGCCCAGUCUGAGAUCACCAUCACGCUACACUCAGAAGCCAAACAUACUUCCUUCAGGCGCGGAGCAGUCUUCAGGGUUGACGGAUCUUAUCGACAUUGAGAACUGGGUUGAUCAUAACCUUUCGGGCUGGACCAAAAUCGCACUGGCGAACCAAAUCACUGAACCCUGUCAAAAGCUGCAAGAACUGGUCGAGAAUUACUGGUCUCGAGCCUCCUCGGCUUAUGAAUGCAACCCGCUUGAAAAGUCGUGUGCAUUGCUCGUGGUGCUGGAACUCUGGGUUGCGUUAGACAGAAUCUGCACCUCGCAGAUCCCUCUCAUGCUGAAGUACCCUCCCGAGAUACCGGUCGACGCCAUUCAACCUCUUCUGCUCCCCACAGCACGCCAGAUGCAACGUCUUCACGCGGUAGAAUCACACAUCAACGAACGUUGGUCACAAGCAUCGUUUCACGAACAAAGCGCCUACGCGAAUCCCACAGACAACAGCUUCUGUGUUCGCUACUAUGAUACCUCCUCGGCCCUUCAGGAUCUUCACGAACAGAUCAAGAAGUCUGAUGCAGACGGAAGGGCAGCAAAGAAUCGAGAUCUAAUCCUAACAAUGAACAAUUGGAGGCGACUGAACGCUGAGCAUAAAGGAAUGGAGUGCGAUGAUGUCUGUGACUCCAACGGCAAUCAUGACACAUCGCUCUGCACGAAACAUAAAAAAGAGGCAAAAGCAAGAGAGAUGGCCAUCGGGCGCAUCGAGGAAUCUCUGCCAACGAAAGCCGUUCAGUUCAAGGCCGCAAUUUUCGAACUCCAAAUGCCUAGAGAGUUUGCCGCCUGGAGGGACAUAACUUGGCUUAUUGUCAAUGACAUUGGGCAACGAGAAGCUGUCCAAGCUGAGAAGAUGCACAUUACGGUGCGCGCAUAUCACCAACUGAAGCGCUAUGCAAGUCACAAGUCCACGCGCAUCACCUUAGGGAGCUGCNAAAAGUCUUUGGCGGACCGUGCUCAGUACAGGUUCGAGAAACUUCCUGCGACACUAGCGGAGACUUGCAUAACCAACUGCCACGAGUAUAAGCUCUGGGAUCAGCGUAAGAAACGUUGGGUGUCGUGGCCUGGUGUUGCGCCGAGUUUCAAGAGUNUUUGCACACUAUCCAUAUGUUCUGGCCCAUACGAAAAUCUAGAUUGGACUAUUCGCACCACUCAACACACCAGUAACGAGAUAAUAUCACGGCAGUACGAACGCGACAACCAUCUCGAGAAGACAGAGUAUCUCUCUUUUGGCACCCUCCGAGCUGGAGAGCGAGUUCAGUGGGUAAACAUCCUGCGUGAGUUAGGCUGUACAAACCUAGACUUCGCACAUCCUGCUGUAGUGAUUCUUGUUCUGCAAGCGGCUUGGGAAGCUGGCAGUCCGUCGAAUGAUGUUCUCCGAACUGCACAUGCGGAGUUUGCCAAUCCUGCAUUUUGUGGUCGGCUUCUCCUUCUCCUUUGGCGAAAAUUGAUCGCUAUCGAGAACAACUGGGACAAGCAAUACAGUAUGAUGGUUGUAAUAGAGCUCACUUUGCGUCUAUUGUCCUUGACUUCCGUCGCUGAGACGAAGUCAGGUUGUCUUGAGCUCUUGCGCAGAGCAAGAAGAGUCGCGCUCGCAUGGUGUCACCAGAUCGGAACGCGAGUACAUCAUCUCCCAAACAAGGAGCCAACACAGACUGAUAGCGCUAGCCGUCUAUUCUUUGCCGCUCUGCUCAGCUACAGUACCUUCGACGUUGAGGACCAUCAUAUCGUCCAGGUUCUUGAUUCUGCUGAAGACCUUGCUUCUGCAGUUGAGGCGCAGCUAAUGGUCCAUGAUAACGUACCUCCGAGCACUAAAUCCCUCGCUCUGUUGAUCCGACAAAGUCUUGUUCGUCACGCCAAAAUCGCUCACAAAGUAGAGCCUCGCAUUCGAGGUGCCCUCCACAAACACAGCCUUGGUCUUGUCUCAGCAGUACAGAAGAUCUGGCAUGGGGUAUGUUUAAACCCAGCAUGGACAGUGGUAGAUUAUGCCCGCUCAUGGGUUCAGACCAAGACUAUUUCUGAAAGUUCAGAACAGAGUCAGCAAGUACAUUACAAUCUUCUCGAUGGCAAAUUGCUUGUCGAUGGUAAACCCGGGGGGACCGUACCUGACAACAUAGGAAGCGAUGCUUUGUUCCUACAACUAUUCGGCAACUCGGUUCAGCGGGUAUUUGCAUCCGAUAUUCCUGGGACGGAAUGCCGCCUAUCACAGCAUAUUGACGGGAAUGUGAUGCAUCUUGGUCUUCGGAACAGCGAGGUAGUGAUCAAGGCUCGUUUGAACGGAGAGACAUUUCGAGCUCUUCCGCGGGAGAUAUUUGCUGCGGCAUUGCCCAGUUAUUUUGUCCAGUCUUUUCACCAUUGGAUGAACGAGCGCACUGGAGAGGUCGAAUUUCGUCCUCUAGAUCGACCUUGGCAACCGAGCAAAAACAACUGGAGAAUGCACUUUUCAAGCCUGAAGUUUGAUACUGCGAAGGCUGUGUUCCACCAGGGUUCCAGAUACUUCGUCGAUAUACACAGCGUGGUGGGUAGAUCCAUCUCAUCCCUCUUUUCCUCACUCGAACGACCUUCGCGAUGCCACAUUNUUUUCGAUAAAAGCGAUCCCUCGAAGCUGGAAGUCGAAAUGCCAAGAUACAGCCUGCAUUUUACCGUCUCCCUGCAGGGAGAAGUCAGAUCUCUCGAGUUCAAUGCUGUGGUAGAUGGCAAUCAGGCAGUCGGUACCAUGAUAGGAUUGCAGAACAAACUCGUUCUCCGCACCACCCCUCCGAUUGGAUGUCCUGAAGAACGACAGAUCCUGGUACCGUUUGGUGCAGUUAAGGUUAACAAGGUUGGCCAUCAUGUGUCAGUUUUCAUUCUUGAUGACGCUGCUCCGAAGCGACGUUAUUUCGUAUACAAAUUGGACCGUCAUCUUCGCCAACUUCGAGGCGCUCAAGAUCUGCUUGGUCACCUUUAUCAGGCCUAUCUUCAUGCUUUUACAUCAUUCUACCUCCCUGACCCCUUCAUAAGGACUACUGGCACUGAAGAAGCGCUCAAAAUUCUCGGAAGCGCUUACAACUUCACAUCUACUGCGUUGCAAGAGGAUGAAAAAGUUCUUUUGCAGAAGAUCGCAGCUCUUACGCCCAUGCGUGAGUAUUACCCCCGGNGACGCAAAGUAAUGCAGACAGUCACCUGGGACCCUAAUCUUCCUGUGUUAUCUCAACAUGGUGAUUUUGUGUUGGCAGCUCAAGCGAUCGUGGAGCACCAUCGAAGGUGCGAACAAGCAUGCGAUCAGCAUAGUGAUGUGUCGCUUCAGAUCAACCGUGGAGAGCCUCAUCUGCUUGAGCGAGCUCGAAAGAGAAAUUCUGCUCUGGUGAGGUCUGGUCUAGUAUCUUCUGNNAUAUUUUCUACUCACGAUGACCUUGUCUACAAAGGCCGUGACAAAUCCUACUCCAGCUUACAAUCGCAGCGUGUGCUUAAAAUUGCCGCGGGAGUCAAAGAGUGGUCCUCCGAUAAUCUCUUUGUUGAAGACCUUGAGUCUGUCAUCAAGAAGUGGGGGAAAGUUUCUGGUUAUCAGACCAGAUUCGAUCACAACAAAUUUUUGACGUACGAUCUGACCACUCUUCAGCUUUCGAAACACUGGGGGGGCCUCUAUGAGAUGUGUCGAACAGCUGAAAGAAAGUCUAUGACUUACCCACUCAUGUUCUCCUUCGCUGCCAUCGCAUUUGGACUCCAACCUGAUAUUUUGGCUUUUCUUCGAACACUGCUCGCGUUUGCUGUAUCCCCACUCUUCGACUAUGAGAAUCCACCAACUGAUAAUGAUUCUUAUGAUUUGACCUCUGGCUUCGAGGCAGAUAUAGACCGAAUCCUUUCGAUUGUCAGCAAGCAUCGCCAUCGCCCAGUAUUGCCCGGUAAACCUUCUCAAGUGCAGUCCAGACAGUAUGCCGAGGAGACAGAGCUAGUUCAGAAGCAGAUCAAAAUGGUUGCCAGAGACAUUUUUGAGCACACUACAUUUGUCAGUGAUACACCAGACAAUGUUCAGUUUUCGACACCCAGUCUGAAAUCCUUGCUCUCGCGGGGCGAUAGAGUCAAACCAUUGGGUACCAUCAAUUACAGCCCUAUCUCACUUACCUGGUCUCAGAAGUCUGGAGGUCAGAAGCGGUCAGAUGUCACUGCUCUUGACAAACUUGUGAAGUCUCUUUCCUCUAGAGAAGGAGAUACGCACAAACAGUAUGCUUCUGUCUUACGCUCAAGUCUGGAAGCUUUCCGUCAUCUCCAAGAUCCAUCCACCCACCAGCAACCUCNNGUUUUAGCAUUGGAGAUUUCAAACGACACCAUUUCGAACUCGCUCGAUUAUGUGAGGNCGUGGUUCAAAAGUAUCUGCCAGGGACUGAGUCCAUCAAGUCCGACAGAGGCGAUAUUGGCUGAUGCAGACUUGUGGCCACGCGUUUCUGAAUCGACUUUACUGAGCUGUCUUUCGAGCACUAAGGCAUUCAAAUUGGAUGACCCAUGGAAUACUGAGUUGUUAUCAUUUGCGGAAUGCAUUGCUUCUUUACAACGUGCUGAACGCAUGUUGAAAUUGGCUAAAGUUCAAGACUAUCGCACUCUGUCCAAGGAGCUCGAGACUCCUGGUAGGGAAGGAUGGAGUUCUAGGAGUUGGCUCCUCUUGGAGAUCGAGAACAACAUCACCAUCCGCCCAUUGCAAGUCAGGGUGGCGCAGCAAAUGAUGAGACCAAGUUCGGGUGCCAACUCAGUCAUGCAGUUAAACAUGGGCGAAGGCAAGUCCUCCGUCAUUAUACCAAUGCUGGCUACUGCAUUGGCCGACAGAAGCCGCUUGGUGCGCAUAGUGAUUCUUAAGUCGCUCUUGCAACAGACAGAACAAGUCCUCUUGCAACGGUUGGGUGGUCUGCUAGGACAUCGAAUUUGUCACAUUCCAUUCUCCCGCAAAACCCGAAUCAGUGACGAUACCAUCAGCUGUAUUUCUGGUAUCAUGGCAGACCAUCGCAUCAAUCGGGGAGUGAUGGUCGCCUUGCCUGAAGAGAUUUUGUCGAUGAAGCUCAUGACUCGAGAGAAGAUCAUUUCUGACAAAACAUUGGCUGCAGCUAUCUUGGACCUACAGCGCUUCAUGGAGAAUACUUGCCGCGACGUCAUCGAUGAGAGCGAUGAGAUACUCGGUAUAAAGUCGCAGCUCAUCUAUCCUGUCGGAAGCCAGCGAAUGCUUGACGGCAAGAGCAAUCGCUGGCUUAUUGCACAAGGUGUGCUUCGUCGAGUCAAGCAACACGCGAUCGAUCUCUCAGAGCAAUUUCCAUCCCAGCUCAAUGCGACUUUGGGUAGCAAGUCUUUCCCUGACAUAACCUUUUUGGAUCCUGCAGCGUUCAAACUUUUACUGGAUCUGCUUGUCGCCGAUGCUCUCGAGGGCAGAAUCGUUGGCGUGACCUUGCACUGUUUUUCGACCAAGACGAAAACCGCCAUCCGGAGCUUCAUACAAUCUCUUGAGUGUGCCAAAUCGUCGCACUGGUGCACGAUUUUGAUUCUCCGAGGACUGUUUGCCUACGAAGUUUUAUCUUUCGUCCUGCAGAACAAGAGAUGGCUCGUCGAGUACGGACUUGACUCUACCCGCUGCUUGAUGGCUGUCCCAUAUCGAGCUAAAGGCGUUCCAACACCAAAUUCCGAGUUUGCUCAUCCUGAAGUUGCGAUCCUUUUGACAUGCUUGAGUUAUUAUUACAGCGGUCUAAGUAUGUCGCAAGUUGAACGUUGUUUUAAGGUUUUGCUCAAGGAAGCAAAUGCCCACGACAUCUAUAGCAAUUGGGCACUUGCAAGCGAUCUCCCUGCCAGGCUUUCCUCGUUGGACUCUAUAAACUUGGAUGGUCGAAUUCUCUGUCGAACGGCACUCUUCCCUCAGAUGCAAUACAACCUCGAGUGUAUCGACUUCUUCCNNCUCAACCAAGUCGUCUUUCCGAGAGAAGGCAAGGAGUUUCUGAAGAGACUCUCGGCUUCUGGAUGGGACAUUCCGUCGACUUCUAAAUCGUCAGGUCUGCUCACUACCGGCUUCAGUGGUACGAAUGAUAGCCGCGUGAUCUUGCCAUACUCGAUCGAGCAGAACGAUCUUGAUGAGUUAGAGCACACUAAUGCCAUGGUGCUCAACCUUCUUCUUCGCCCUGAGAAUCAGGAAUACAUUCAUGGGGAAGGCGCUCGCGGUAAGAGGCUCUCCAUUAGAGAGCUGCUGACUUUGAUCUCUCAACAGCAGCCAGUCAUCAAUGUACUCAUUGAUGUGGGUGCUCAAGUUUUGGAAGCUACCAACUUCGAGUUUGUGCAGCAGUGGCUCAAGUUCAGACCCGAUGCAAAGGCUGCAAUCUACUUCGAUAAUCAAGACGAGCCGAUGGUCCUGGAUCGCAGUGGUAUGGCCAUACCAUUAGGCAUCUCUCCGCUUGCCAGGAAGUUGAACGAUUGCCUCAUAUACAUGGACGAAGUGCACACUCGGGGGAUCGAUCUAGCGAUCCCGGUUGGGGCUCAUGCUGCUGUCAUGCUAGGUCCUCGUCUUGUGAAAGAUCGUCUCACACAAGGUAUGUUGGCAUUUCCAACGAGUGAACAUUGA